AGCACCCUCAGAUCCAGAAGAAGUCUCAGUACAUUAAGUACCUCUGCUGUGACGACGUCAGGACGCUCCAACAGUGGAUCAACAGUAUCCGAAUCGCCAAGUACGGGAAGCAGCUGUACAUUAACUUCCAGGAGGCGAUGAGGAGGACGGAGGCGGCCUACGAUUGGUCCUCCCUCUCCUCCUCCUCCAUCAAAUCAGGAUCCAGCUCCUCCAGUCUUCCAGAGUCCCAGUCCAACCACUCCAGCCAAUCAGACAGCGGCGUUUCAGAGAUGACAUCAUCCGGUCACGCCCGCUCUCAGAGUGCCGUGAGCUCGAUAUUCUCCGACGCCUGGAGGAGAGGAACGCAGGGAGAGAUGAUGAGGAUCGACCCCAUCAGUAGGCCCAUCCCGGUGCAGAUCCUCUCCCCUCAGCCCCCUCCCUCCCGCUCCAGCUACACAGAAGGCCUCGUCCAAUCAGAGGACUCCCCUCUGUCUCCCCCCUCUCCUCCUCCCCCUCCCAUCGCCGGUGUGGACCAUCAGACGUCAUCCUCCACCCCUUCCUACGUCAAAUACAGCACCUUGGCCCGCCUCCAGAGCCAGAACCAAUCAGCGAAGCCCAAUUACAACACCCUCCCCGCCGUGUACAGCUCCUCCUCCCUCCUCCUCCCGU